AUGGAAUCAGCUCCAUUUGAUAGACGGCAAUGGACUUCAGUAUCAUUGAGGGUAACAGCCAAAGAACUUUCUCUUGUCAACAAGAACAAGUCAUCGGCUAUUGUAGAAAUAUUCUCCAAGUACCAGAAAGCAGCUGAAGAAGCAAACAUGGAAAAGAGGAGAAGUAACACUGAAAAUCUCCCCCAGCACUGCAGGAGGGGGAUCCUGACUGUGUUAAAGAAGAAGUGGGAGAACCCAGCCCCGGGAACAGAGUCUCACACAGACUCCCUGCGAAACGGCAGCUCUGAGGUCAGACACGGAGGCAACCAUCCUGCCGGUGAAGUGGCUAGAAGCUCUGCCCCUGAGGCCGAAGCUGACCAGGAAGAAAAAGUCCACCCCAAACCUAGACUCGGAUCACCUUCUGAAGCCCUUACUCAGUGGCCGAAUCUCCGCAUUGAGGGCAGCGAGCGACUUAAAGACCACUCGAAAGAAAGUAAAAAAAUGGAAAAUUGUCUAGGAGAAUCCAGGCAUGAAGUAGGAAAACCUGAAAUCAGUGAAAACACAGAAGCCGCAAACAAAAUAGAGAAAUACAAUGUUCCGCUGAACAGGCUUAAGAUGAUGUUUGAGAAAGGUGAACCAACUCAAACCAAGAUUCUUCGGUCCCAAAGUCGGAGUGCAGGUGGAAGGAGGAUCUCUGAAAGCAGCUAUUCUCUGGAUGAUUUGGAAAUAGGCCCAGGUCAGUCAACAUCUACGUUCAACGCAGAGAAAAGCGAGAGCAGGCGAAAUCUGGACUUACCGCGCCUGUCAGAAACCUCCAUAAAGGAUCGAAUGGCCAAGUACCAGGCAGCUGUGUCCAAGCAGAGCAACUCCAGCAGCUCCACAAAUGACUUGAGAGCCAAUGGCGGUGAAAUCAGAACUCAUAAAUUGGAGCAAAAGGAGAAUGUGCCCCCAGAUCCUGAGGUCUGCAUCUCCCAUCAGGUUGGAGAGAAGGUUUCUGCAACUGAGAAUAGCCUGGCAGUCCGUUCCACCCCUGCUGAAGAUGAUUCCCGUAACUCCCAGGUCAAGAGUGAGGUCCAGCAGCCUGUCCAUCCUAAACCACUAAAUCCAGAUGCCAGAGCCUCCAGCCUCUCUGAAAGUUCUCCUCCCAAAGCAGUGAAGAAGUUUCAGGCACCUGCAAGAGAGACUUGUGUGGAGUGUCAGAAGACAGUCUACCCAAUGGAACGUCUCUUGGCCAACCAGCAGGUGUUUCACGUCAGCUGCUUCCGUUGUUCCUACUGCAACAACAAACUUACUCUAGGAACAUAUGCAUCUUUACAUGGGAGAAUCUACUGCAAGCCUCACUUCAAUCAGCUCUUUAAAGCUAAAGGCAACUAUGAUGAAGGCUUUGGGCACAGACCACACAAGGAUCUGUGGGCCAGCAAAAAUGAAAAUGAAGGGACUUUGGAGAGACCAGCCCAGCUUCCAAAUGCAGGGGAGACCCCUCAGAGCCCAGGAGUAGAAGAUGCCCCCAUUGCUAAGGUGGGUGUGCUAACAGCAAGCAUGGAAGCCAAGGCCUCCUCUCAGUCAGAGAAAGAAGACAAGCCAGCUGAAACCAAGAAGCUGAAGAUCGCCUGGCCGCCCCCCACUGAACUUGGUAGUUCAGGAAGUAUCUUGGAGGAAGGGAUCAAAGUAUCCAAGCCCAAGUGGCCUCCUGAGGAUGAAAUCAGCAAGCCUGAAGCUCCCGAGGACGUAGAUCUGGAUCUGAAGAAGCUAAGACGAUCUUCUUCACUGAAAGAAAGAAGCCGCCCAUUCACUGUAGCAGCUUCAUUUCGAACCACUUCAGUCAAGAGCCCAAAAAUCUCGUCCCCACCUAUAAGGAAAGGCUGGAGCAUGUCAGAGCAGAGUGAGGAGUUUACAGGAGGAAUGACAGCAGAAAAGAAACAAGUGGAAAAUGCCAGUACCUCCGAAAAGAAUGGUAGUGUGGGAAAAACAACCUGGCAAAACCAGGAAUCUGGAGGAGGGGAGAGAGGGGGGAGAAGUAAGGAAGAUCAUGGUUUUGAGAUGGGGAGUGAGAAUCUUACAGAAAAUGGUGCAAACUUAGAUGAAGAUGAUAGAAAUCUCAAACAGCAGUCUCCGCUAGAACCCAAGUCUACAAAUUGGUCCAGCUUUGCAGACAAUACCUCCCCUAAAGAAUUCACUACCCAAAAUCAGAAAUCCCAGGAUGUGGGAUUCUGGGAGGGAGAAGUAGUUCAAGAGCUGUCUGUGGAGGAACAGAUAAAGAGAAAUCGGUACUAUGAUGAGGAUGAGGAAUGA